UCUUUGUCCAUUCAUGAGGAAAUGAUUAAUUGAACAGUAUUUUUGUUUGAGAGGAGGAGAAGGGAUUAAUUUUUCCUGGUAGUAUAUGAGAAUUUUUGCUUCGAAAAUGAAGAUUGCUGAACAGGAUUUUACAGACAGAAGAUUUGGAGGCAACAAGCACCUGGUCAUCUCCAGUGGAGAUUUGGUCUUGAUUGAGAAGUGUAGUUUGUGUGAUCUGGAGCUUUGACGGAGAAAAAUCUUACUUGGGUCAACAUGAAUAGAUGUGAACUUUGGGAUGAGACUCAGACUAAGGUUUUGGUGAAGUUGAAGUAAAGUGAGGCGGUGAGAAGUUCCAGUGGACGGACUCUUCGUGUCAGUGAUGCGGACCUGCUUUACGGGGAUUAUGGGAAGCAGAACACAGCCUGCAUGGGUCACAGUUUUCCUGCUUUACUCAGGCUGCUUGUACCUCUUGACUGAUGCACAGAUGAAAAUUCCACCUGAAACGGUUCAAAAAUGGGCAGACAGCCUUUCAGAACAGCUGAAUGCAGUUGCUGUGAAAUAUUCAGGCUCUGCACUUCUACAGAAGAAACUUAAAGAUGUGGAGCCCAUUAUCUGGAUAGAGGAAGUAGAUGGAUCUGAACUGGCCCAAGAAUUUUCAGAUGAAAUUGAGAAGAUGCUGGGAAGCAAGAUGAAGUCUGUUAAGCGACUAGCAGAUACAGUGGAGGACGCAGAUCUAUAUCACGAGUUUAAUGCAAGUUUAGAGUUUGACUAUUUCAAUUCACUGCUGAUAAACACGAUGGAUGAGGACGGCAACUACAUUGAACUUGGUAGCGAGUUUCCACUAGAAGAGAACGAGCAUUUUAACAAUCUGCAAGUUAACACACUAAUGAGUGACAUCCAAGUCCCAACCAAUGUGUACAACAAAGAUCCAGACAUUCUUAACGGUGUGUACAUGUCCGAGGCUUUGAAUGAUGUCUUCAUCAGUAACUUCCAGAAGGACCCGACUCUCACAUGGCAGUUCUUCGGAAGCUCCACUGGCUUCUUCAGACUCUACCCAGGCAUUAAGUGGACUCCAGACCCGAACGGAGUGGUUGCAUUUGACUGUCGAAACAGAAACUGGUACAUCCAGGCUGCCACGUCUCCAAAAGACAUCAUCAUAGUGGUGGAUAUCAGCGGCAGCAUGAAGGGUCUGAAACUCACUAUUGCCAAACACACCAUAAACACCAUCUUGGACACCCUUGGGGAAAACGACUUUGUUAACAUUAUUGCGUACACUGAUUAUGUCCAGUAUGUUGAGCCAUGUUUCCAAGGCACGCUCGUGCAGGCGGAUCUGGACAACCGGGAGCAUUUCAAGCUGCUCGUGGAAGACCUGCAAGUGAAGGGAGAGGGGAACAUUAAGAAGGCCAUGAAGGAGUCCUUCUGGGUGUUGAAUGAGGCCACAGCGAAUGGGCAGGGCAGCUUGUGCAAUCAGGCCAUCAUGCUCAUCACAGAUGGAGCCAUGGAAGAUUUCCAGUCUGUGUUCGAGGAGUUCAAUUGGCCCGAGAGGAAGGUGCGAGUCUUCACCUACCUCAUUGGCCGUGAUAUGACCUUCGCCGAAAACGUGAAGUGGAUCGCCUGCAACAACAAGGGUUACUAUACUCACAUUAACACCCUGGCUGACGUGCAGGAGAACGUCAUGGAGUAUCUUCAUGUUCUAAGUCGGCCCAUGGUCAUCGAUCAUGAUCAUGACAUCAUCUGGACCGAGGCGUACAUGGACAGUGUGCUCCCUAACACUAAAGAGCUCUUUAACAGCAUGGCUCAGAGUCUGCUCCUGAUGACCACGGUGGCAAUGCCGGUGUUCAGCAAGAAGAAAGAGACUCUUUCUCAUGGAAUCCUGCUGGGAGUCGUGGGCACAGAUAUACCCUUAGUGGAAGUCAUGAUGCUUGCCCCUCGAUAUAAGCUUGGUGCUCACGGCUAUGCGUUCCUCAUUACAAACAACGGCUACAUUCUGGCACACCCUGACUUAAGGCCUCUAUAUAAAGAUGGAAAGAAGCUGAAACCCAAACCAAACUACAACAGUGUGGAUCUGACCGAGGCAGAAUGGGAAGACAGUGAUGACACGUUGAGAACAGCCAUGGUGAAAGGUGAGACGGGUACGUUAACAUUAGAUGUAAGAGCCACAGUGGACAAAGGGAAAAGACCUUUGUUUCUUAAAAACAAAUAUUUCUACACAACCAUCAAUGAGACACCAUUUAGUUUUGGGAUGGUGUUAACACAGGGUCAUGGGCAAUACAUGUUCUAUGGAAAUGUUUCUAUCGAAGAGGGCCUUCAUGACCUUCAGCAGCCAGACCUUACUAUAGCCAGUGGGUGGACCUACUGUGAGACAGAUAUCGAUCCCCAACAUCGUAAACUCACCCAGCUCCAGGCUGUUGUCCGAUACCUGACCGGGAAAGAGCCUGACCUUGAAUGUGAUGAGAUACUUUUGCAACAAACCCUGUUUGACGCCGUGGUCACAGCUCCGCUCGAAGCCUACUGGACUGCGCUGAUGUUGAGUGACACUGGCGUGGAGGAUGGAGUUGAGACAGCCUUUCUGGGGACGCGCUCAGGUCUCAUGCGCGUCAUCAGAUACAUUGGCAAAGAAGAACGGAAGGGGAAGAACUUCCUGAGCCCAGGGGACAAGGAGAAUCUUUUUACUAUGGACCAUCACCCUAUCUGGUAUCGCCUGGCGGCUGAGAACAAACCAGGACAGUUUUAUUACUACGUACCUGUUGAUGAGAUCAAUAAAGAAAAGAACAUGUUGAUAGCAGUGACAACAGUCACCGUGACUAAGCGGAAGAGAACGGCAUUGGCUGGAGCAAUUGGAGUCCAAAUGUCAUUAGAUCUCCUCGAACGAAGAUUCUGGGCCACGGCUAAACAGACAAACGACACAGAUUGCAGUAAUGUGGAUGGGUUGUGUCCUCUCAGCUGUGAAAACAUUGAUAUUAACUGUUACCUGGUGGACAACAAUGGGUUCAUAGUGAUCUCUGAGGACAGAAGUGAUGUUGGAAAAUUCUUUGGUGAAGUCGACGGAUCUGUGAUGGCUCAGCUCCUUAAAUCAGGCUUGUAUAAAAGGGUGACUUUGUACGACUACCAGGCCAUGUGCAAGAACUCCCAUCAUCACGCCAGUGCAGCUCGUCCUCUGCUAAGUCCUAUCUACAGCCUGAUGGCAGCAGUCAAGUGGCUUUUCUCCAACCUCAUUCUAUUUCUUUUGGAGUUCAAUAUCUGUGGGUUGUGGCACAAUGACUAUGUUGUAGAUGCACACAAACAGAAGAAGGUCGAAUCCAUGGUGCCCUGUAACACUGAAUACCCUGGGUUCGUGUACGACACCUCCAUCAGGGAGACCAACAGCAUCAUUAAAUGUGGGCGCUGUCAAAAGAUGUUUGUGCUCCAGCAGCUUGUGAACAGUAACCUGGUGAUGCUAGUGGUGCAGGCGGACUGUGACUGCUCACGCCAGUACUCCCCCAUCACACUCACUCCAAGAGAAGUCAAAUAUAACGCAACAGUAAAAUGCAACAGGAUGAAAUCCCAGAAGAUCCGCAGACGUCCCGAGUCGUGUCACUCAUACCAUCCUCAUGAAAAUGCAAAAGACUGCGGUGGAGCGUGUGAGAUUUCUAUAUCAGUGGCUCUCUUCUUCAUAUCCCUGGUCACAUCACUGACUCUUCGCUGAAGAUCACGCAUAAACAUCCGUCUUCCACUGGCGCUAUCCGUCUGCUACACCUGCGAAGAAACCGUCAAAGUAUUUACAGUGGAUAUAGAGAUUUAUGGAUUUAACCAUGACGUUUUGUCGGAUUUUAAAAGACAUGAACGAUUAUAGUGUCUUAGAAAAGAGGAACCCGCGGUGGCAGACACUGGUUUUGAUUUUGAUGCACUAUUUAAUUAUAUUUUUUUGAAAAGAAUGAAUUGUAUAGUGUUUUUUUUAUAGUGUUUGUCAAGUAAAGUGAAAAUUUAUUAACAGUAUGCCCAUGUUGAUGCUGUAUUAUCCUAAAAGUCAUAAUUAUUAUUCU